AGAUGAUGAUGAAGAUGAAGAUGAGGGACGUUAUUCCUCCUCUGUGCGUGUGCCGAUGAUUCUCUGAGGAAGUAAAGCAACUGAAGAAAAUGGACGACUCGCCCAGGGCACCGCUUCGUGGCUCUCCACCGGGACCAGCGUGUAAAAACCUGGAUCUAUACUCACAAGUCGUCGGCGGCGGUGAUGGAUUGAGAAGCUACGGAAAACAACAAUGCUAACAUGCUAGCCCGCCCCUUGCUGUUUUGUUUCUCUUCGGGGUUUUAACUCCACACGAGGAGGCUAACGACAUCUACUUCACGACUUUAUCUUUUUUUAUUUUUUUUAUUUUUAUCGCUAACUAACCGUGGGUGAACGUAAACUAGUGAUUCACCAAACCAGGUGACACGUCGCGUCCAGCUACGUUAGUUAGCUCACUUCAGAAGAAGCUAUUCAAAAUUCGGUUAAGCUAAUUAACGUGGCGUUAGCUUAAAAACAUCGAUGGUAUGUCCGGAGUACAGGUACAGGUUAGUUUACAUGACUCAUAUGAGUAGUUUGGUGUAUUAGACAGCAGGGACGUCGUAUUACACGGUAAUGAUCCUGUGCUAUUUGUAAUUUUAAAGGGAAAACUAGGUUAAAGAAGUAACUUAGCAUCAGCUUUACUGUUAUCUCAGAAUAUGAGGCUAAGGGUCAUCGUCUUUUAAUCUCCAGCUCUGGGAUGUGUUCGAGUAAACUGUCUCAUCAGUAGAUUCAGAACUCACAGGAUGAGAGGAUAAAUAAAACACUAUGGGUGAUUUAAGUCGUUCCUCCGUUAGCUUCUCCUGACAUGUUUCCAUUCAAACGUGCUAAGCUAGCACAGGAAACUUGACACCUCUUCACAUGCUCUGCUCACAGACUCGCAGGCAGCACAGUUUUUCCAGAGCAGCCUCAUUAAGCGGAGCCCAGAAAUGCGUCUGUCCUCGUUUCUGGCCCUGUUCAGGCCCGCGCUGCCCCUCAUCCUGGGGCUGUCCCUGGGAUGCAGCCUCAGUCUGCUGAUGGUGUCCUGGACGCAGGGGGACGCCGACGACUCCUGCAGGGACGAGCUGGGCAACGGGAGGCUCUUCCUGGGCAGAGGGGACAGCCAGGGGGUCUCCAGGGAUGAGGCUGGAGACGAGGACAUCCAGCCCCGCAUCGUGCCCUAUCACAAGGACCCAAACAAGCCACACAAGAAAGUCCUCAGAACCCGAUAUAUCCACACUGAACUGGGCAUCAGGGAGCGGCUGCUGGUGGGCGUACUGACCUCUCGGGCCACGCUGAACACGCUGGCCGUGGCAGUGAACCGUACUGUCGCCCACCACUUCCACCGCACCUUUUUUUUCACUGGUUUGCGCAGCCCCAAGGUGCCUCAUGGCAUGACUGUGGUCACCCAUGGUGACGACCGCCCGGUGUGGCUGAUGUACGAGACGGUGCGUCACCUCCACCAGCACUACGGCUCGGACUACGACUGGUUCCUCUUAGCCCAGGAUGACACUUACAUGCAGGCAGAUCGUCUGUCUGAGCUUGUGGGCCACCUCAGCGCAGGUCAGGACCUGUACAUGGGCAGGGCGGAAGAGUUCAUUGGUGGAGAGGAGAAAGCACGCUACUGCCACGGGGGUUACGGCUAUCUGCUGUCUCGCAGUCUGCUGGCCCGCCUGCAGCCUCAUCUUGACACAUGCCGUAAUGAUAUCCUCAGCGUGAGACCUGAUGAGUGGCUGGGCCGCUGCAUUAUUGACUACCUGGGUCUCAGUUGUGUCGAGGUGCACCGGGAGAUGACCUAUCGCUACUUUGAACUGGGGAAAAAUGCCGAUCCAGAGCGAGAAGACAGCACUCAGUUUAAAAAUGCCUUCACAGUGCAUCCUGUAUCAGAACCAAAUCUCAUGUACCGCUUGCACAAACGCUUCAGCCAGAUCGAGCUGGAAUGGACGUACCUACAGAUCGAGCAGCUCCAGAUGCAGAUCAACAACCUGAGUGACCUGACGCCAGAAGGAAAAGCUGGAGUCACGUGGCCAAUAGGAAUCAACCAUCCCUUCAAACCAAGAACCCGUUUUGAGGUGAUAAACUGGGAGUACUUCACAGAGGAGCACAUUUACUCGUGCGUCGACAGCUCUCCAAAGUGUGAGAUGAGAGGGGCGGACCGUGCAGAUGUUAGUGCAGUUCUGGAGAUCGCAGUGGAGCGUCUGAAUGAACGCUACCAGCCACAGCUACGCUUCCGCAAGCGCCGUCUUCUUAACGGGUACAGACGCUUUGAUCCCACGCGCGGCAUGGAGUACAUGCUGGACCUGGCUCUGGAGGCCUACACCCAGAAAGGCCACAGUCAAGUCAUUGUAAAACGGGUCAACCUGCUGAGACCCCUCAGUGCAGUUGAGAUAAUCCCCAUGCCUUAUGUGACGGAGGCGACACGGGUGCAGGUCAUCCUACCCGUCACUGCCCAGGAUCAGGAUUAUGUCAGCAACUUCCUCGACAUGUAUGUGAUGAACACUCUUGACACCCACGAUAAUGUUUUGCUCACGUUCUUGUUCAUAUAUGAUCCGUUUGACGCACAGCGAGUCAGCCAGACGGACGUGUUCGCUGGCAUCAAAGCCAUGAUCGGGGAGGUGGAGAAACGCUACGGCGACGUGAAGAUUCCUUGGAUAAGCGUGAAGACGGAGGUGCCCUCACAGGUUAAGUUGAUGGACAUCAUCUCUAAGAAGCAUCCGGUGGACACGCUGUUCUUCCUGUCCAGCGUGUGGACAGAAGUCAAUGCGGACUUCCUGAAUCGCUGCAGAAUGAACGCCAUCAGCAACUGGCAGGUCUUCUUCCCCAUCCACUUCCAGGAGUACAGCCCCGCCGUCGUCUACCGCGACCAGCAACCCUCCGCUCCCUCCUCUUCUUUUGCUUCCGAGUCGCUGAGGGACGGCCACUUUGACCGCCAUGUCUUUGAAGAGGCCUGCUUUUACAAUGCGGAUUACAUGACCGCACGGACCAAGAUGGCUGCCGACAUCUUAGACAACGAGGAGCUGCUGGAAAGCAUGGACGUGUACGACAUAUUUGUUCGCUAUUCAGGCUUACACGUGUUUAGAGCGGUGGAGCCGGCGCUCAUCCAGAAAUACGUACGACGAGCGUGCAACCCGCGGUUCAGUGAGGACAUCUACCACCGCUGUGUGCUCAGCAACCUGGAGGGUCUGGGGUCGCGCUCGCAUCUCGCCAUGGCUCUGUUUGAACAAGAGCAGGCCAACAGCACCUAGAUCUCACCGGGAUCUCUGGGAUGUUGUGGUACUUAGAGAGCGUUGAAACUCUCACACACACACACACACUCUCUGCCUUGAGGAAAGUCACACAGAAUAAUGUGAAUUUUAACAUGGUACUUUUAUGAUCCAUACACUGAAAUUCUCACACAUUAAAAUGGAAACGUCUCGUGCAUAGACUCUGACAGAGCGAGCGUGUGCUGACGCUAAACUCUACAACCUACAAGUCUGACUUAUGAGUCCGAUAUCGAGGAAUCUGUCACGUCUAAAGGAAAUAUGACUCAUCAAAGUGUCUCCUCACAACUCGCGCCCUGAUCGAGGACUACAGAGACAGUACAGUCAAUAAUAUCAUUGCUGUGUAUAACUGGAGCUGAUGAACAAUAUUUAAACUCCACUGAAUAUAUGAAAAAUAAGUUAAUAAAAAAAAAGACUUCAUUUCUUUAUAAUUAUUUGAGAAAAACACACUUGAGCCACAAAUCUUCUUUUGUGAAGAUGUUGAAAAAUAAUACUGGACAAGCUGAUGCUGCCUUUAUUUUAAGAUAUGUUCUUUUUUUAAGAGGUAUUAUUAAAGAGUGCUAUUGCCA